UGGUGCUGAGGGAAGCGCGGGGCGCGGACGACAUGUUCCAGGGUGCGGACGGCGAGGUUGGCCGGCCGAGUUCCAGGUCCAUGAAGCCCCCAGGAGGAGAAGCAAGCAAUAUUUUUGGAAGUCCAGAAGAAGCGGUUCCUUCAUGCAGGCCUAAUAGGAUGGCAUCUAAUAUUUUUGGACCAACCGAAGGGCCUCAGAACAUACCAAAGAGAACAAACCCCCCUGGGGGGAAAGGAAGUGGUAUCUUUGACGAAUCAACUCCUGUGCAGACCCGGCAACGUCUGAACCCACCUGGUGGGAAGACCAGUGACAUUUUCGGGUCCCCAGUCACUGCCACUUCACCCUUGGCACACCCAAACAAACCCAAGGACCAUGUUUUCCUGUGUGAAGGAGAAGCCACAAAAUCUGAUCUUACAGCUGCAACCCAUACCGUGCCCCGAGAAGAGCCUGGUGAGAAGGGGAACUCCCGAGGAGACCAUGCAAAGGCACCUGAGCCCAUAGCUGCGGUGGACAGCCAUGAGCCCAGGCUGGGGCCCCGGCCUCGCUCCCACAACAAGGUCCUGAACCCUCCAGGAGGCAAAUCCAGCAUCUCUUUCUACUGAGAAGCGCCUGCUUUGCCUGUAGCCAGACCAGACACUUGAGAGAUAGGGGAUUGAAUGUUAGUGUUUCCUUUCAUGCAAACUAGUGGAUGGGAGAGGGUUAUUGCACAUGAGGCUGGCUGCUUAGUGGCUUUGCUGCCCUCUUAAGAGCCACCCAGAGGACUGUGCCUUCUAGGCUGCUGUGAAACACAUUUAGGUAUA